UUCACACUCUGCUACAGUAAAAAGCCUGAUUUCCAGGAAUUACCCUGCUGGAUUUGGAACACCGAUGGGAACCCCCCCACCCACCGGAUGGCCAGGGCUGCAUAAAAAGGGGCUGGGAUGGGCUUCUCCCAGCCCGGGAGCUGCCGGGACCGGAGGGAGAAGGGUUUCGAGCCUUUCCUUCCUGCUGCUCUUCCUCCUGAGUGCUCAAGGGGUUCCCAUCUUCUUCUCCACACCCACCGUGUACCCCAGGCCUGCUGCUGUGCUGUGUCCCCUGAGCUGGGGCCCUCGGCUGCCCGUGUCGGCUGGGAAGCCAAGGCUGGGAGCAACGGGAGCAUCUGCUGUGAGCCAUGGCUUUGCAGGAGGACACACAGGAGGGGGAUGCAAAGGCCCAGCUCCUGGCAGAGGCACUUGAGAAGGAAGGACUGGAUGCUGGAUACUGGGUGCCCAAAGUGACACAGAUCUUGGGAAUCAAGUGCAGAGAAGCCCUGCAACAUCUGGAAUAUGAAGACUACCUCAGGCUGGAGUGUGAGGUACGGCACCCCUGGGAGAAAAAGGCACUCCAGAAACUCCUGAAAAUAACAGAUGACAAAAUGACCACUAAAGGGGUGCAGAAGGAGCACUUGGAGAAGACAAAACAGAGACAAGAUGAGGCCAAAAAAGCUCUGAAGGAUCUGACAGAAAUGCUCAACAGCCACAGCCACAGCCAGGAUGCUCUGAGGGAGAAAGCAGAGACUCUGUGGCGAGCCAUGGAGAUUCCCAAAGAGUUCUGGCCACCAGCAGAGAAACCCUUGGCAGAUAUGCUGGAGAGCAUCCAGAAGCAGCUGGAGCAGCAGGAGCAGUCAGCAAGCAGGAGGGAGAACAUCCCUGACACAGAGGUGCUGAGGAGGGCGUCAGGGGGACUGGCCCUGCAGGGCAUCUACAGAACCAGCAGCCCUGAAGAUGUGCUGGCAAAGCGAGAGCAGCUCCUCAGGGUUCCUGAGGGAUUCCAGCUCGCCGGUCCGGAGCAAGGUUCGCUGCUUGAGAGGAAGGAGUUCUCCUCCUCUGCAGCAGAAUCCACUUUCACCAAGUCCAUGGAGCAGCUGGGGCUCAGCAUGAGCAUUUCUGCUAUCUUCUGGAAGCUCCUUCUGAGAGGAAGUAUAGAUCACAGCAGCUUCUCGCAGUCACAGGACACCCACCAGUCCCGCUCUGAGCAGAGCUACUUUUGCACCACCAAGUACCAGUACAUCCCUCUGGCCUCCUGCUACUUCCAAAGGCAUCAGCUUCGCCUCUCGGAUGCGGCUCUGCGGGAGCUGCAAGGCAUGGAGCAGCUUUUGAGCUUCAGUCAGGAAGGAGACAAGGCCAUCUUCCGAAAGAUGUGUGAGAGCUUCUUCAGCAGGUUUGGGUCCCACAUAAACCAGGGUCCCCUCCACUUUGGGGGGAUAUUCUGGUGGAAGGCGUCUACAGAAGGAUUCCGAGCCGAGCAGCAGGAAGAGAUAAAACGACAAACUUCUGAAGCACUGAACAGCUUUGUUGGGGCCAGCUGGGGUGGCUUUGGGGCCAGUGUAGAAGGGACCCUGGAUGUUUCCAAAUCCAGCUCACAGGCUUCUGUCCUGGGGAGAGCCAGAGAGAGUUCUCAUACAGCGAUUCAGCUCUACGUGGCCAACACAGGGGGCCCAGCAGACACAGCUUCCCUUCCUCAGUGGAAAACGGGGCUCGUGUCUGAUAACACAACGUGGUGCGUUAUCGACCGUGGCUUUCAGCUGAUCCCAGUGUGGGAAGUCAUCCUGUGCAAUCACUGUGGGGAUUUUAAGUCUGUUGGUCAGAUGAGCAGAGCCCUCAGGGCUGCAUACAAAGCGCUGACGAAUCAGAGCAUUGGCUCCGUUUUUGGAGAGGAAGUGGACAGUGCAGUGCAAGAGGCCAGAGAUUUCAUGGGGAUUGUGAAGGCCUGGGAGGUGGCAAAAAUGGAUGAAAGGAAGCUGCUCAUGCUGAUGGAGCUAAAAGAUGAUCUGAGUGCAAAAACCCAGAACCCCAGUGUGUGGAUCAACGUGUGCCUGUCGGACAAAGCCCUGCAGGACCUCCUUGUGAACACCGUGCGGAGCUGCCAGGAGUCACCUCCAGAAAAUAGCACAUCUAUCAAGGUAAAGUUAAGAAGCCUCCUGAAUCCUCAUAUCUACUCUGUCAAGGACUUCCCUGAAGCUUCCUUCAUUAUGGAAUGGAUCUUCCAGACUGAGCAAUCACUUCUCAGAUCUCCCAAAGUUUCUGAGCUACUAGAGCUCAUCCAAACACUGCAGCAAAUGCAGGAGCACAUCCAUGCUGUCACCUAUGCACCAGGAAGCUCUGCUUCUGCUGUUCAUGAAGCAAAGAUAAAAGCCACCCAGACCAGCAGCCUGGCCAUUUAUUCCUUACUCCAGUCUCUCAAGGAACAGGCUCAGAAGGACAUGGAACUGUUGGUGCUCUUGAUUGCGACCAGCACAGGGUACCAGGUGGAAAGCAGCACUUUUCAGCACCUCCUUGGACACCCAGAAAUUCAGUACAUGGCCAAGGAAAUGGAAGCGGCACAUGAGGAGUACGUGAACCUGAAGGAGCAAGAUGCCGACAGAGCUGAGGCCUUCCUCCUGCUGACGGGUCUGACCGUGACAUCUGAAAGUCAAGAGCUGUCCCUUGAGAAAAAGAGGGAGCGUUUAGUUUUCAUGGAAGAUCACAUGAAAGGCUUGUGGUCCACACGGAUAAAGAAUCUCCUCCAAAAGCACCAUGGAGACGAAGACUGGGAGAGGCUGGAACGGGACUUGGACUCCUUGAUCAGUGGGUGCUUGGAUGACAAAUGGGAUGAACAGAGGUUACAGAAUAUAGUCAAAGACCUGGAAGACACUCUUCCAACACCUGAGGCCCUGAGUCAUUCCCAGUCCAAGUCAGAAAGUAGUGAAUCCAGAGAAAAUGAAGCCAUUACAAACCAGGAGUUCCUGCAGUUGCUCAAGCGCCUUGGACUGGAAAGUCACUAUCCAAGAAAAAUGGGGAUGGGAGAUUUCCACACCAUCUGCAAGACAUCUCUGCAAGACAGCCAGCCCAGCAGGGACAAGGAACUGCCAUUAUGCUUCUUGCAAAAGCUUUUAACUGUGGAUUACCAGGUGAGGUACCUGACUUGCUGGGAUGACAGCAACCCAAAACUUACAGGUCUUCCACAAGCCACAGCCAAAGAGAACCAACACUCAGACACCUUUGAACAGUUUUUUGGUGAUUGGGAGGAAGCAGCCCCUGAAUGUGCAAGCAGGGACAGCCAUGUGCACCCCAUGGACCUGCAGAUGGCCAUUUUCCAUUGUGCUGAUGACUUCCUGAGACAGACCCUGGCAACCAAGCUGGCCUUCUGCCAACUGGCUCUGCCUCUGCUGGUGCCCAACCCGAGCACUUCACUCAUCGAGUUCCCGCUCUACGCACUCAGCCAAAUCCAAAGGAGCUGGAAAGAGGUGGACAAGUCAGGAAAGCCGGCCCAAACAAAGAGUUACAACAACAAACUCAUCUUUCAGGCACAGACACCCAUCGUGUCCUUCAUCCGCAUUGGCAGCUCGGCCUCCUCUUCCAAGUCCCAGCUCUUGAACGCUCUGCUGAGCAAAUGCAAACAUGACACUUUCUUCCACCGCCACUGCAAAGGCAGCACCAGAGAGCGUUUGCUGAUGGAAGGGCUGGUGGAGAUCGCCUGGUACUGCCCUGGUGGAAGCCCAAAUGACACCUUUGAGUGCUGUGUGGCUUUCUGUAACCUGCAUGGAGACGCCAGGGAUCACGGAGCACAGCUGCAGUUCCUGCAGGAGGUAUCUGCUGUCAACGUGGCUCUUGUGUCUGAUUGGGAGCACAUGGACAACAGGGGGAAAAAGCUGCUGCAGGACCUGUUGCAAUCACAAAGGCCUUUGGUUUGUCUUCUCACAGAAAUAGAGAAUGCUGCAGCUGGACAAGUCGGCAAAAAAAUAAAAAUAGGGAUGAAGAACAGAAACGAAGCAGAACUGAUGGAGGAGCUGACCAAGACAAUUGGGAAUCUCCUGGAAGGUUCUAAUCCAUGUUUCAGCCUGGAGGCCUGCGUGGACAAAGCUCGCCAGCAUGGAUUCAUAGUGGAUGCAGAUCAACCUGCAUGUGUGACAGCCAAAGCCAAGGCAAAGGAACUGAUGGAACUUCUGAAGAAAGAGAAGCUGUCUGAGAUCAAAUCCCAGCUGCUGCCGCUUCAAGGAAAACUGUGGCACCAGUGGUGCCAAAAGGACAAAGAACUCACUCACUUGCAAGAGAAGAGGAACAAGAGCAUUGAGCAUCAUCGCAGCGAUAUUGAAAAUGAGAAGAAAGUACUAAGAAGAAAGCAACUUGAGCAAGCUUUCCCUCUCAACCCACUGAUGAAAUCAUUCCUUGGCUUUCUUCAUGCCAAGCCAGCAGAUACCAAGAAAUACUUCCUGCAGUGGAUGAAGGUCUUUAUGGAUGAGCUGUCCUGUGGUCGCCUUGAAGAACUGAGGAGAGACUAUCAUGAGUUAUGGUCAGAAACCAGGACAGGAAAGAAAAGCAAAAAAAACCCCAGGGUGAAAGCUGAGGUGCUGGGUCGCUUGGAUGCCAUCUCUGAUGAAAUCAAUGAUUCAUCCAUUGGCCUGGAGCACCUUCUGAGAGAGGCAGGGCAGAUUUAUGAAGCUCUGCAAUUAAUGAACUCCAAGAAUGCCAAUUUUGACAAACUGCCAGAAAUUGCAGCAGAGCUGAUGGUUUCAGGGUACCCUGUGGAGCUGAUGGAUGGGGACGCUUCUUACCUGCCCUUGCGCUGGGUGGGAGCAAUCUUUGACAGCUUAAUUGAGAGGCUGGGGGACAAACGAGUGUUUGUGCUCUCUGUGCUCGGCAUCCAGAGCACAGGCAAGUCCACCCUGCUGAAUGCCAUGUUUGGUCUGCAGUUCAACGUCAGCGCAGGGAGAUGCACCCGUGGAGCCUUCAUGCAGCUGAUCCCAGUGGGAGAGGAGCUGCAGCAAGACUUGGGCUUUGAUUUUGUGCUGGUGGUUGACACAGAGGGACUUCGAGCCAUCGAGAUGGCCAAUAAACAGUCUCUGAACCAUGACAAAGAGCUGGCCACCUUUGUCAUUGGUGUUGGCAACAUGACUGUGAUCAAUAUCUUUGGAGAAAAUCCAUCAGAAAUGCAGGAUGUUCUCCAGAUUGCUGUGCAGGCUUUCCUGAGGAUGAAGCAAGUCAAUCUUUCCCCAAGCUGCCUCUUUGUCCACCAAAACGUGGGAGAAGCAGCUGCCAAGGAGCAGAACAUGGAAGGACAAAGGCGUUUGCAGGAAAAGCUGGAUGAAAUGACCGUGGUAGCUGCUCAGCAGGAAUUCUGUGACAUCUCCUCCUUCAGCGAUGUCAUUGGCUUUGAUGUGAACACCCACAUUCACUACUUUGCUCACCUGUGGGAAGGAAACCCCCCAAUGGCACCACCCAACCCCACCUACUGCCAGAAUGUCCAGCAACUGAAGAGCCAAAUCCUCCAGGCUGCCAAGAAGCAGUCACAGUGCAGCAUUUUGAGGCUCUCGAGCCUGAAAGUUCGUAUUGGUGACCUCUGGAAUGCUUUGGUGAAUGAAAACUUUGUGUUCAGCUUCAAGAAUUCCCUGGAGAUUGCUGUGUACAGGAAACUGGAAAGUGCCUUUAGUCAGUGGACCUGGAAGCUGAGGAGUCACAUCUUAGAUGUACAGAUGAGACUGGACAACAAAAUUCGGAAUGGGGACAUGCAGAAUGUCACCAGAGAACACCUUGAAGGGCUGGUGCAAGAGACAAGUGAUGCCAUUGAGAAAGAAGUGGAAAAGUAUUUCAGGGAAGACAAAGACUGUGAGACACUGGUCCAGUGGAAAUCAAGCACAGAGCUGAAGCUGAAAGACCUAAAAGAGACUCUUCUUCUUGAAACAAAAAAGAAAUGUGAGAAUCUCAUUGAGCUCCAGAAGGAGCAGAGGAAACUGGAUGCAAGGAAGUUGAGCUAUGAAGAUGAGCUCCUGAGAAGGAGUCGGGAGCUGGCUGUGAGUCUGAAAGGGAAGAGCCUCAGUGAGAGAGAACUGAAGGACAACUUUACUCUUGUCUGGAAUGAGUGGAUUGCCGAAGUCUCCUGUGCUGCUCGUCCUCCAGAACGGGUGGAUAUUGAUGCAGAAAUUGAAGAUGUCCUUGUGGAGCAGUUUAAGGAGCCAGGUUUCCCUGCACGGCUGAGAUCAUUUCCCAGAGGCAGAGGGUUUUCUUUUGAUCCAGAGAAACACAUCAUGAAGAAAAAGUAUUUAGGCUAUUUCCCAGGUUUCAGGAGCCUUUCCAAUGCUGAUAUGAUCAAAUUUCAGCACGUCACAGACAACAUCAUAGCGUGUGUGAAGACAAACAUUGCUAAGAAGGAAGAGGAGAAACGGAAUUACAGUCAAAAUUUUAUCCAUGAAAUACUCAAUGAAGUACAGAAAGGUGUCAGCUCUGUCCCCAGUGAUGCACCCUGUACUUUUAACAGAGAGUACAGCAUAGAUUUGUCUCUGUAUCUGUGCAGAAUGGCAGCAGAAAGGUUUAAAGCCAUGCACAAAGCAUUCCAGAAGGCAAAUGACCCAGUUGUGUACCUGAGCAGCAAGAGAGAAGAUUUCUUCCAAUGUUUCCAGAUUUCCUGCCAAGGAGCCACUUCUGUCACAACUUUUGUUGUUUUUCUUUGUGACAAGAUUGAACCAGCUCUUAGCCGUGCAGUCUAUGAGAGGACAGCUAAAGCCAUUGCUGAGGACAUGCAGGGCAAAUCCCCGGAUUUCAGGGGCAGCAGAGCCAAUCUGGAAGUUUGCAUCCUGAGAUACCUGGCAGAAGAGGAAAAUUUUGAGUAUUUCAAGCAGUACCUUACGUCUCCAAAACAGUUUUGUGAGAGUUACAUUGAGACACGAGUUAGGAAUUACUGUUUAGAUGGGAGUAGGAGGCUGAAGAUGUUUUUAGAUUCCUCCCUUGAUAUUCUGUAUAAAAAUCUCCUGUCAGCUGUUUCUAUAUCAACCCAAAUUUUCAAAGACAGAAAAGACAGAGAAGACAAAGUUUCUAUUUGGCUGGAUGAAUUUUGCAGGCAACUGACUGAGGUGAUCAACCUGCCCAGAAGUGACCUGAAGGGCAUUGAGCAUCAGGAGGUCACAGACAUUGAGUUCCUCAGCAGUGCCAUGGCACAACCUCUGGAUGACCUGAGGGACAAGCUCAUGAAAGAAUUUGCUGGUGCUGACUUGAGCUCAUUUCCAAGGCAGCCUCACACCAUCCUGGCAGAGCAUUUUUCGGGGUGCUGGGCGCAGUGUCCCUUUUGUGGGGCUGUCUGCACAAACACCAUGUGGAAUCACCAUGGAGACCAUCAAGUGGUCUACCAUCGACCACAGGGUUUGAUGGGACUCAAGUGGCAUGAGACAGACCACCUGGCCAUUGAUAUUUGUUCCAGCGAUGUUGCAAGUGACUGCACAUUCAGAGUUCGUGGCAGUGAAUGGAUUCCCUACAAGAGAUACCGGGAUGCUGGACCUCCUUAUUCCACUUGGAAAAUUCUUCCUGAUUCAUCCAUGCAGGCAUACUGGAAAUGGUUUGUGUCUCGUUUCAGGACACAGCUGGAAGCUUUGUACAAUGGGAAAUUUCAGGGCAAAGGAGAAAUCCCUGAGGCAUGGCAGAGAAUUACCAAGGAGGAAGCUCUGUCUGAGCUGGACAAGUUUAACCCAUGUCCUCAGAAAGGAAGAACCUCAAGGUUUUUGCAGUUUAAAACAGCUUUGUCCCAGGGUCUCUCUCAAAUAAACAUAACAUGAUGCUCUCAUGCCACGUGGAAAUUACAGCUUCUAAUUCCUCCCAAAUUUCAUUAAAGAAGGCGUAUUACUGCAGCCUUUGCUUAUUAACGCAUUCCCUCAUGAUAAAGCCAGAAUCCUCUUGCCUUUUUGCCAUAAACUUUUCCCUCAGCUUUGUCUUCGAGCCAAACCAAACCACCUCCUUGGGCAAUUGGCCUCCUGGCCAAGGCUGAGCCCGAGGGCCAGUGACGGGGCAAAGGCAGCACUCAAAGCACCCCUUGGAUCAGCUGCUGUGAGACAAGAAGGGACAGUGCCCCAAAGGCAGUUUUCCUGCAGCAAGGAGCUGUCCUGCUCAGAGAGAGGCCUGCGGGACCUGAGGCCAGUUCCAUGCUGGCUGCAAGCUGGGAUGAUUGGCUUUUGGGUGCCAUCCUUCCUUCCCUCCAUCGCUGCAGCCUCCUGGACCAAAUCAGGCUGUUCUCCCAGUAGGCGCUGUUGUGCCUGUGGGCUCAGGAAAGCAGUGACACCACCACCCUGGGGCGCAGGCAGUGCUUUCACUGCCUGUCUCAGAGGUGCUGUGUCUCUGUCCAGAACAGCCACUCCUGCUCAGGUGCCUGGGGCUGCUGCCCUUCCCUCCAGCCCUCAGCCCCAGCAGGAGUUGCUCCUGCCCUUGGCCUCACUGCAGAGCGAAAGCCUUUGGAAUGCCCCAUGUGGAGAAUCCUGUCUGCCAGCACCUUCUGCAGCAGCUGUCAGAUUCAGGGUCCUUUCUCUUCUUGGUUCAGCUUUCUCCGAGGUCUGUGUCCAGGCAGAGCAGUUCCUUCACAUUCUACUGAACAGAUCCUCUUUAUUUCCUCAUCUUUGACUAAAACAAAACCAAAUAAUUCAAGGGGAAAAAAGCUGCUGAAGGAUUGCUGCUGCAGCUUUUGCAAGGCCAGGGAAAGGGAAAAAAACUUCUUGCUUCAUCUAACAAAAAACCAAGCCAGCUAAGCAACAAAGUAAUGCUGUCACAGGGCAUCCAAGAUCACCCGUGAGUGAGGCUUUGUGUUGCCUCCCGCUUGAGGCGCGGCGUCUUGGGUCAGGAACGGCACGGCGGCAACCCCUCUUGCCACUCGGUCCAAUUACUCGCACACACCAAUGUGGUCGACGGUAAAUGGUGUUUAUUAACCGUUGGGUAGGGGUUUUUAUAGCAGGGGCCAACGGUAGAGCAACGGUAAAGGGGGAAGGGUCCCUGCUUGCCCGUGACAUCGCGAUAUUUGCGCACGCUGAUCUCCCACACUUCCCCCCCCCUUAUGACUAGUUAAAAACAUGACAAAUGUGAAGGUUAAAACUGACAGCAAACAUAAAAAUGUGCUGAAACUGAACAAUAUAACAUAACCAUAACAAACCCAAACAAACAAAAUGUUAACUAACCCCACCUGGUUUGUAAAAACAACAACAAAAAAAAAAAUUCAGGACAUCUUCCUUGGCUUUGUCAUCUUUGCAGAGGUGCUGGAAACCUUUGGGCUGAUCGAUCGUUCCAUUCAGAUAGAGUCAGAACCUGGCCAGGGUUCCAACUCUAUCCGAUGGACACUACUUCAUUCCAUUCAAGCAGAGUCUGAACCUGGCCAGGGUUCAAACUCCGCUCAAUGGACACCAUUCUAUCCAUUCAAGUAGGGUCAGAACCUGGCCAGGGUUCCACUUGAUGGAUAUUGUUUAAAAUAAGGCUUCCAAAAACAACAUUUAACUAUGAUGUCGCUUUGUUGGGGUUUCCUCUGCGCCGGCCCCUCCUUUAACUCAGCCACUGAGUCAACCUCGGUCCGCCAUCGGGCUGCUUGAUGGUUUGUCACAGCCCUCAGGACACGAGGUAUGUGGGCCGUCGCGGAGUCUGGGGAUUCAGUCCUGCAAAACAAGCUUUACAAAUCUUAUUAGUUUUUGCCCUGAUGGUCUGGUUUUACUGACUUAAGUGGGCACCAUUCAAUUCUACUAUCUUCUUAAACUUCCAGGGGACCCCAGAUCUUUCCAGGGGACCCCAAAUUCCAUGGGGAGAACCCCAAGUCUCUGGUGGGGGGUCAGAGUAACCACUCCCUGCUGCUUUCCAGCUGCUGCUGCUGCUGCUGCUGCCAGUGUCGGAAGCGUUUGGUUUUGGGGUGCAGGAACUGCACCAUGUCCAUGGGUACCGCACCGUGUCCAAACCGUUCACCGUGACGUCACACCAGAAGUGUCCCCAGCGUGUGGUGGGCUCUGGUGGCAGCUGCAGGGCAUGGUGGGGCACAAAAGCCCUGAGGUUCUUGAGGAAGUGCCGGGCCACGAUGUGAGGGGUGAGCUCCCAGCUCGAGUCUGACCCAGGUCCGGAACGCAACUGGCUGGAGACUUCUGGGCUCCUGGACCUUCUCAUUAGACUUUUACUGCACCCCUCCUUCUUGGCUUUGGGCUGCUUCCUCCCUCUAGGCUCCCCCCACCUCCUGCUGGAGGAGGCUAGCAUCUUGCAAGUCUUCAAACUUGAGCUCUGAGCAGUCUCAUUAACCCCUCUGUGCUUUUCCUUUCUCCCUCGUUUGCGCGGACGCGGGUGCGGUCGGCAGGGGCAGAGAGAGGGGCUGCAGUACAAUGCGGGCACGCGCUCCCCCGCCUCCAGGGUUCACCAUCCUGCAGCAUGCAAGGCCCAGGCCUCACCAGGCCCUAAGGUAACGGCAGCACCCCGUGUCCCCGAGCCAACGGCAGCGCUCUGCGCCCCUGAGCCAACAGCUGCGCUCUGCGCCUCAGCAGUAGCGGCUGCAGUCCGCGCCUCUUGUAACAGCCCCUUCCAAAAUGACUGCUUCUCCUCUGCUGCCAGUGCGCCCGGGCUCGGGAGCUGGGGAGAAAGUUCCCGUGGCUGUAAAUUCCCCCACUCAGCAACUUCAUGAUUCUGUGUGUCCGCCCCCAUACCCAGCCGAGACUCCGCCUGCGGACCGCCCUGUACGGCCUCCCACUUUUCCCGCUCCAGGCGAGAUUUCUGUAGGGCCCGCAUGACUUUUCCCCAUAAUUUUAGAUUUUUCCCCGACCCUGAGGACAUUGCUUCCUCAGCUAGGGCGCGAGUACAAUUGUCCCACACCUCCGGGCAUAAAAUAUGUCCCGGCUGCCCAAGAACCUCUAACUGCAGGAGCCUUGUCACAGCGAGGAUAAAAUCUCCUGGCUUGCAGUCCACCCCUGACUGCCUAAAAACUUUAAAAAUGAUCUCAGCAUGAGACUCCAUUUCUCCUUUGCUGGUCAUCUGGGGGCGUCCCCCCCACCGGAGUUGAACCCGCCGCUCCAGCCGCCAUUCACCCGCCCAGGCGACCCCCGUCCCCCGGGCACCUUCCUUUUUUCCUUCCCGGGUUUUGGCACCACUUGCUGCCUCCCGCUUGAGGCACGGCGUCCUGGGUCGGGAACGGCACGGCGGCAACCCCUCUUGCCACUCGGUCCAAUUACUUGUACACACCAAUGUGGUCGACGGUAAAUGGCGUUUAUUAACCGUUGGGUAGGGGUUUUUAUAGCAGGGGCCAACGGUAGAGCAAUGGUAAAGGGGGAAGGGUCCCUGCUUGCCCGUGACAUCGCGAUAUUUGCGCACGCUGAUCUCCCACAGGCUUUGAACCACGCCUACACAAAAGCCCCAAGGCUCUUGUUAGUGCCUUUCAGUGGCUACCUGCAACAGACAUUAGAAAAGAUUAAGAAAAUUAAAGUAGGCAUUUAUUAAAGUAUGGGGAGGCAGCUGGGCAGUGGAGCAGGAAGUACUGUGGAGAUGAUGGAUGGUCCAGACAUCCUGGCUCUUGUGGGGAAGAAACCAUGGGAAGUUCAAACAGUAAUGUAAGAGGGGAAGCAAAAAGGAAUGUAGUGCUUUAAGUAAGUCAUAUAAGGCUGCAGGUGCUUGGGGUUAAGCAAUGUAGCUAAGAAACAUUAGUAAUGUGAUUAUUGCUUGGCAGUGGAAAAUUUUAUCUAAAGCUGUUAGAUUAUAUAUACCCAGCUCUAGAGAUAAUAGUAGACAACUUCACGGCUUCGCUGUAUGAACAAUAAACAAUUUCUUGCUAACAUC